AUGCUGAUUCGGAAUUCUGCAGAUCCCUUUUUGGAUCAUAUAGAGUUUGUCUAUCCGGAUUUGGUGACCAAGCUUUUCACUCCCGAGUAUUUCGAAGGCAGAGCAAUCCUUGCACCCACUAAUGAAAGUGUUGGUUUUGUGAACGAUCAUUUUUUGUUGAUCAUAACUGGAGAGAAGAAGGUCUAUUUCAGCUCAGUUAGUAUGUGCAAGGAGGAGUUGUCGGAUGUCAACGCAGAAAUAUACUCACCAAAUAUCGAUCAGGCCAGAGGAUUGUGCAAUGGAACAAGGCUUCAGAUUAUUAAUAUGGGAAAACACGUUCUCAACUGCAGGAUCCUGUCCGGUAAACAUGUUGGUGAUAUGGUGUUCAUUCCUAGAAUGACUUUGGUACCGUCCAACUCUGCAUUGCCUAUUAAAUUCCAGCGACGUCAGUUUCCGCUGAUGGUAUCAUUCACAAUGACAAUCAAUAAAAGUCAAGGACAAACUCUUUCUCACGUGGGCAUGUACUUGCCGAGACCUGUUUUCAGUCACGGACAACUCUAUGUUGCACUCUCGAGGGUUAAGAGUCGAAGUGGCAUAAAGAUUUUUGAUUAA